CCCAUUGAAGCGUCGGCUCACUCUGCGUGACUGAAUGGGAGGGGCAGCAAAAAACUUAUAUCCGUUUCAGAUGGGUGCCGGGCAUUGCUGCCCCUUUAAGAAGCACACAGUUGCAGAAGCCUCACACCCCGACGCAAAGCAGCUUGUAGCCAGAGACUGCAGCACACAUUCGGCCGCUGCCUCCGCGCACCUGACUGUCAACCGACCCCCCCGGCCAGCUUCUUCACCACAAGCGGCGUCCACGAGGGUAAUGGAGCGCCCUUAGCCCACUAGCUCGUCACCGUUUCAACCUUGAGGCGGAGAAGGCAAGCGGCAGGAGGUCCAGCAAGAUGGUGUCGUGGAUGAUUUCGAGGAUGGUCGUCCUGGCCUUUGGGACGCUCUAUCCAGCAUAUGCGUCAUACAAGGCUGUCAAAACGAAGAAUGUGAAGGAAUAUGUCAAAUGGAUGAUGUACUGGAUAGUAUUUGCCUUAUUCUCCACAGCAGAGACGGCGACGGACUUGUUCCUCUCAUGGUUUCCUUUUUACUUUGAGUUGAAGAUCGCCUUUGUGAUCUGGCUCUUGUCCCCGUACACCAAGGGCUCCAGUGUUCUCUACCGCAAGUUUGUCCACCCAACCUUGUCCAACAAGGAGAAGGAGAUAGACGAUUACAUUGCACAGGCCAAAGACAGGAGUUAUGAGACCAUGAUGAGGUUUGGAAAGCGCGGUCUCAACUUGGCUGCCAAUGCUGCAGUAACUGCAGCCACCAAGGGACAGGGUGUGCUGUCAGACAAGCUGCGCAGUUUUAGCAUGCAGGACCUGACACUCAUCAACGCGGAGGAUGAGCUGUCUCUGCAUUCUUCUGAUGGCCGCAUGAGGCGAGACUCGGUGGAUGACAUGAGCUCGGGGGCGAGUACGCUGCCCCGGGCCAGGAGCGCCGCUGCACGACAGACACGCUCAAUGACUACGACAUCCCUUUCAGACGAGAUAUCGUCCCACCAAAGCUCAGACCAGUCAGAUGCAAGAACUGAGCACCCUGAUGAGGAUGGUGGUGAAAAGGCCUUUAAACGGACCACCGCCACAGCCGCCAAAACAACCAAGAAACCUGCUGCAAAGACGGAGACACAAAGCAAGACGGUGAAGAAGGCACCAAAGAAAAAGACCACAUCCAGUGCAGACACACCUCCGUGAGGGCCUCUGUCGCUGUCCGCAGGCAGAUACACUCCACACCCACAGCCUAACAGCAACCCCUCCUACGUCCGGUCUCGACAUGAACACACAAACACAACAUGAAGCACCAAAUGCUGUCUGCAUUUAGUUUUAGCUUUUGAUAGCUCCCACGUUUUGAGGGGACGGGGUUCUAGGGAGGCUUUUCUGUGGUUCUCUUAAUUUGUCUCACUGUGUAUAGGUGUUAUGGUCUUUUAAUUCAACAUUUUAUUCAUGUUCCUUUCUUGUUUUUUAUGUACAGUGUGACUGGACUAGCUGAGAAUGUAACCUGACUAGUAAAGUAACAUGCAUUAGGCGUGAAGCACAGAUAAAAAAAAAUAGUUUUUAAAAUUGGGACCUAAUCUGUUGCCCGUCCAGCCAAGACAUGGCCUGCUCGUAGUCUGGUUCAUUCUGCAGCACCGACAUCCUUCUUCAACAACUAUCUCUAUGUGUACUUCACUGUAGUCGCGGCCUUUUGUUGAAUGUGUUUUUAGAUUUGGAUUAAGAUUUUCAUUUGUCUGCUGGACUCGUUUUUUCAUGUAAUUACUGCAGCUUUUGUAUAUUUUGACUUGGGAAAGAGACAUGAUCUUGGCAGCACGAUGGUUGCUACAGUAUAUGGAGUUUGAAUGUUCUCUUCCGCUGUACUUGAGUGUGUUUUCCCCGUGUGCUUUGUCUUCUUUCCACUUUAUUUAAAUAAAAAAAAGCCUUUGGGUUAUUCAAAGAUUCUAAAUUACCCAUAGAUGUGAGGUUGAGUGGUGGUUCGUCUACAAGUGCCCUGUAAUUGGGUGGCAACCAGUCCACUGUGUAUCCCGCCUCUCGCCAAACGUCAGCUAGGAUAGGAUCAGGCGUGACCCUAAUAAGGAUAUCCACAAUGGAAAAUGUCCACCUAUGUUAUGCCGAACGCUCAGUUGUGACCACUGUAAAUUUAAUUUUGUCUCUAUUGUCAGUUUUACUUUUUCCUCACCCCCACUUUGUGUUCUAUCCUGAGGGAGUGUCGGGACUUGGCUGUGCCAUUUCUGGUAUACCGGGCACCAAAGGUGUCCCGCCGCCCUGUUGCGUUUAGUUUUCUUUUGCUGCUCCUCGAAUAGGAUUUCAAGCAUGAUGCUGAAAAAAAGGAAACCAGUUGGAAGCAGCAGGGGGAGACAAAGUCCGCCUGUUCUACUGACAAUGUAAAUAGAUGACUGUAAAUACAGUACAAUGCAAGCUUGCUUGCCUUAUGAUCUGAGCUUUCAUCUGUUGAGUAAUCCAGCAUUUUCAGUUCAAUUACUCAAGGAUAGUUUUAUAAAUGGAAGAUGAUUCAGUUUAGUUUUGAAUUACGUUGUAUUUUACCCCCUUGGCGUAAGAUGAUCAAAUCAUCCAUUAGACUGAUAUUAAUCAAUACACGGGGACUUUUUCCACCCUGCUCCCCUCAUUACCCAGAUUGAAAGGUCGAGCUGCCCACACUGCUGGAAUUUUUUGAACACCAUCAAUUUUUUGUUUACAUUCUGUUUUAAGUUGUGUUGUACACCAAGAUUCUAAUGUCCAACUGUGCAAAUUCUCAAAACUCCAUGUGAAACACAAAGAUGUGCGUACUGGAACAAUAUUGUCAUGUAUCAGUAAUAAAUCUGCUAAUAAAAGAG